AUGCAGCCAGCACUGUCCUUCUCCUUCAUGCUGCUCUUUGUCCUGCUGUCUGUCCUGGGAAUCCUGGGCAACAGCUUCAUUGUGCUCGUGCUGAGCAGGGAAUGGCUGAGACACGGUAGGCUGCUUCCCUCAGACAAGAUUCUCAUCAGCCUGAGUGCCUCCCGCUGCUGUCUGCAGUGUGUGGGGCUGGGGGACAACUUCUAUUCCUACCUCUACCAGGAGAAGUACUUCAGAGGUGUUGCCCAUAAGUUCUUCCAUCUGUACUGGCACUUCCUGAGUGUAGCCGCUUUCUGGUUUGGCACCUGGCUCAGUGUCCUGUUCUGUGUGAAGAUCGCUAACUUCUCCCACCCAACCUUCCUGUGGUUGAAGUGGAGGCUCCCACGGUUGGUGGCCUGGUUCCUGCUCAGCUUUGUCCUGAUGGCCUUCAUCACAACUCUACUGUUGUUUUGGGGAAACCAUAUCCUGCAUCAAGGACUCAUACUUAAGAAAUAUUCUGGGAAUAUCACCUACAAGGAGUGGAGAAGGAAGAUAAUUUUUCAUUUUCUCCUGCCUGUGAAACUUGUCUCGCUCUCAACUCCUUUCUCUGUUUUCCUGCUCUCGAUUCUGCUGUUGAUCAGUUCUCUAAGGAGGCACACCUGCAGAAUGAAGCUCAACGGCCACAGCCAGCAAGACUCGAGCAGCCAGGCUCACAGCAGAGCUCUGAGGUCCCUCCUUUCUUUCCUCACUCUUUAUAUUCUGUCUUUCAUGUGCCUGGUCAUUGAUGAUACGUUCUUUUUCCCCUUAGAGAGUGAGUGGUACUGGCCAUGGCAAAUUAUCCUUUACCUCUGCAUAUUUUUCCAUCCCUUUAUCCUCAUUUCUAGCAAUCUCAAGCUCCGUAAUGUGAUAAGACAUCUACUUUCAUUGGCCAGGGGCUUCUGGGUAGCUCAAGUGGCAGUGUCGCCUUAUACCGAGGAAGAAAACAGAAUGAUGGCUCACCUACGUGGAAAUGCCUUCAUAGGCAGCUGA